AUGCAUCCCUUCUGCUGUGUCUCUACUAUCUCCGAUCACACUCCUUCCACGCCGUUACCGGAGCAACCGUCGCUCUCUAUGUACGCCGCCUCACCGGGAACUCCUUUCGGUUCCGCGAGAUCCCAGCCGGUAAUCACCCGAUCCGCCUCACAGCGAUAUAACCAUCCCGGUCAAUCCAAUCACCACCUCCUCCACAGUCUCUCGUUUAACCACCACAGCGGCGGCGUCGUCUCCUCCGAUCGGCGUGUGCUAGCUUUACCGGCAGCGGCGAGGGAAGCGCCGGUGGAUGUUAAGAUCAACGAUAUCGCCGGGAAUGCGAUUGCUGGGAUUCUGUAUAAAUGGGUGAACUAUGGGAAAGGGUGGAGACCGAGAUGGUUCGUCUUGCAGGAUGGAGUGCUCUCGUAUUACAAAAUCCAUGGACCUGAUAAGAUCCUUGUUAGCCGUGAGACUGAGAAAGGAUCUAAAGUGAUCGGCGAUGUGUCCACGCGUAUGGUCUCCAGGAAUAACCGUCACGCCAACACUCACCAGCUCCGCCGCAAGCCAUUCGGCGAAGUCCAUCUCAAGGUUUCGUCGAUUAGGGAGAGUAGAUCAGAUGACAAGAGAUUCUCGAUAUUCACUGGCACAAAGAGGCUUCACCUACGAGCAGAGACGAGAGAGGACCGAGCAGCUUGGAUGGAGGCAUUGCAAGCUGUGAAAGAUAUGUUCCCAAGAAUGUCAAACUGCGAGUUGAUGGCACCGACGGACAACUUAGGCGUCUCGAUGGAGAAGCUUAGGCUGCGUUUGGCCGAGGAAGGAGUGAGUGAGUCGGCCAUUCAGGACUGCGAGCAAAUCACCAGAUCUGAGUUCUCUGCUCUUCAGAGCCAGCUUUUGCUUCUUAAACAGAAGCAGUGGCUUCUCAUUGAUACUCUUAGACAACUAGAGACAGAGAAAGUAGAUCUGGAGAACACGGUUGUAGAUGAGAGUCAACGACAAGCUGACAACGGAGACUCAGAAGAAGGAACUGCUAGUGAAUCCGACGAUGAUAACGAACGGUUUGAUGCUGCUGAGGAGGAGAUUGAUACGUGUGACUCGCUUUCUUCAAGUUCUUUCAAAAGUAUAGGAUCUGCUUUUCGUACAUCAUCAUUCUCUUCAGAUGAUGAUGGGUUUAACAAUGGGUUUGAGUCAGAAGAUGAUGUUGAUUGUGAUCCUUCCAUCAAGUCUGUUGGGUUUAACUAUCCUCACGUCAAACGACGGAAGAAGUUGCCUGAUCCGGUGGAAAAGGAGAAAAGUGUCAGCCUUUGGUCAAUGAUCAAGGACAACAUUGGCAAGGAUCUCACAAAAGUCUGUCUUCCGGUUUACUUCAACGAGCCACUAUCUUCUCUACAGAAAUGCUUUGAGGAUUUGGAGUAUUCGUACCUUCUUGAUCGGGCAUCUGAAUGGGGGAAAAGGGGCGAUAACCUCAUGAGGAUUCUGAAUGUUGCUGCUUUUGCUGUAUCUGGUUAUGCAUCAACCGAAGGAAGAAUCUGCAAACCUUUUAAUCCAAUGUUAGGGGAAACCUAUGAAGCUGACUAUCCAGAUAAAGGCCUUCGAUUCUUCUCGGAAAAGGUGAGUCAUCACCCCAUGAUUGUGGCAUGUCAUUGUGAUGGCACAGGAUGGAAAUUCUGGGGAGAUAGCAAUUUGAAGAGCAAAUUCUGGGGUCGAUCGAUUCAGCUCGAUCCUAUUGGUGUGUUGACUCUGCAAUUCGAUGAUGGUGAAUCUGUGCAGUGGAGUAAGGUGACUUCAUCGAUAUACAAUCUCAUACUUGGUAAACUGUACUGUGAUCACUACGGAACAAUGCGGAUCGAAGGCAAUGGUGAAUACUCGUGUAAACUUAAGUUCAAGGAACAGUCGAUGAUCGACAGAAAUCCUCAUCAAGUCCAAGGUAUAGUGGAAGACAAGAACGGUAAAACAGUGGCUAAGCUGUUUGGGAAAUGGGAUGAGAGUAUGUACUAUGUGAUUGGUAGCCAAGGAAAGGCCAACGAAUCACAUCUUCUGUGGAAACGAAAUAAAGCUCCUGAGAACCCGACGAGGUAUAAUCUAACACGGUUUGGGAUCACUUUGAAUGAGCUCACGCCUGGUUUGAAAGAGAAGUUGCCGCCAACGGAUUCGAGACUUAGACCGGACCAGAGGCAUUUGGAGAAAGGAGAGUUUGAGAUGGGAAACGCGGAGAAGCUGAGGUUGGAACAGAGGCAGAGACAGGCGAGGGAGAUGCAAGAGAGAGGUUGGAAACCAAAGUGGUUUAGAAAAGAGAAAGAGUCUGAGACGUACAGAUACGUUGGAGGUUAUUGGGAAGCUCGAGAUGUUGGUCGUUGGGAUGAUUGUCCUGAUAUCUUUGGCCAAGUUCAACAAUCCGUCAACUGA